CAGAGACAGAGACAGAGAACGAGCGAGCGAGCGAUGUGUGUGACCGGGAAGUAGAGAGGAAAAACUCGCCGCAGCACGAGCGCAGGAGGUUACGAGCAGGAACACCAUGUGGGAGCCUCCUGUCGUGGACAUGGAGAGUCCCGAAGCACCGAAGGUUCUAGCCAAGGCAUGCAAAGAGUUCGGAUUCUUCUACGUAGAAAACCACGGCGUUUCCAAGGACGUAAUGCGAGAGGUAUUCAGGCAAUCGAAAGCGUUUUUUUCGCUGGGCAUUGACGACAAGAUGGCUCUUAAGGCGGACAGACACAACCGCGGUUUCACUCCCAUGCACGAGGAGAUCCUGGACCCUUCGAAGCAGGUCAAGGGGGAUACCAAGGAAGGGUACUACAUAUUCCGGGAGCUGCCUACUCCUUCCGAUGGGGAGGAAGACGACGCCAGACCCCUCAAGGGCCCGAACCAGUGGCCGUCCGAGGACCUUGUUCCGGGGUGGAGGGCGACCAUGCAGCGCUACUUCACCACGAUGCAUGCCGUGGGAGUGCGGCUCUCGGGACUGCUGUCCGUCGGCCUGGGACUUGACCCGUCGUUCUUCGAAAGUUGCACCUCGGAGAUGGCCCAUGCGCUGCGCCUGCUUCACUAUUCGGCGGAGGUCUCGGACCCGGCGAAAGGCGUAAUGGGUGCGGGCGCUCAUUCCGACUACGGGCUGCUCACCUUGCUGGCCACGGAUGAGGUGCCGGGGCUGCAGGUUAGGCUGAACGGGGAGUGGUUGGAUGUGCCUCCUAGAGAGGGGGCCUUCAUCUGUAACCUCGGCGACAUGCUCCAAAGAUGGCGAGUGGUGACGAACGACGAGUUGCGGUCUACUGUUCACCGCGUCGUGAACAAGCUGGGCCGCGAACGCUACAGCAUCCCGUUCUUCUUCGAGCUGAACUUCGACACAGAGGUUGUGUGUCUCCCGCAAUGCUGCUCGGAGGAGAACCCGGCCAAGUACCCGCCUGUCACGGCGGGCAGUUACAUCUUGAAUAAAUACUCUCAAACGCACCAGGACUUCGACGGCAACCAGCAGAACGACGAGAAGUCGCCCUAGCAAAGUACCCGAAAAGGUGAAGGAACACAUCGAUGUCAUCUGUGUACAUGAUGUAAGGAGUGACCGCGAUGCGUACUCCGGUUCUUGCGGUUUCGGGCAUCGUCCGCAAAGUUGGAAGGCGUUCGUGCUAGUAGGAUAGUGCAAUGGUUUUGAUAAUGGCGGAUUUCGAAGCGUACACCUGUGUUGCUGCGGUUGUACUUUGCGAAAGUGAACCACUUUGGCUUUUGUAGUGGAUCUUUGGACGUUUCGUCGUCAAUGGGGUGGUUUUCGUUCUGGUCCUUCGUUGGAGUACAUAGCUACCUGGUGGCUGGAGGCAUUUUCCGUUGUGCCGCAAACACUUCUGCCACAUGCUUUUUUUACUGCUUUUCGCAUGUGGUCUAAACGCAAUGCAGUUUCGGUUGGGGGGGCGGAGGGAGAGGCACUCGUGGCCCUGAGCCAUGUCUUGGGGUUGGUCGCUCCUGUUUCUCAUGUUUUUGUCUGUCGUGCAUAUGUACAUAGUGUAGGUUAAGCCGUAUCUCUUACGCCCAGUUUAUUUUUCGUGCAAGUUGUAGUCAAUCUGUUCCUAUGUAUGGCGUAGGUUAUUCUGAAGACUUGCUAGGAUUUCUGUUCCUGCUGAAUACAAAGCAUUGCGAGGUUUUAUGCAAACAAGAUUGUGAAGACAUGUCUACGACACAACCGUUACUCUACACUACUGCUGUAGUCCACAGAUGUACCAUCAAG